CCCUCACAUCGCUUUGCCUUGCGCCAAGAAAUUCGGCCUCCAUAUCUGACACCCUGUCAGCCACUGUAUUGACGAGUGCCUCGGCCUCCAGAUCACACAGUCCGUUACCAAGUGUCUGGUCCUCCAGCUCUGCGAGCGUGUUAGCCAGCGUGUCCAACACUGCCUUGGCAUACAAAUUGCCCACUGUUUUGGUUUCGAGAUCUCCCGGUGUGUUUCCAAGUGUCUCAACCUCUACCUCUGCUACUAUGUCAGCAAGAGUGCCGACCAGUUUCUCUGCCUCUACAUCGCUUAGUACUUGACAAGUAUGCCGGCCUCUACCUCCACUUCCCUAAAAUCUCCAGUGUCGAAAAGUGUCUUGUCCUCGACAUCUGGUAAAGUGUCAGCCAGCGUGUCCACCACUGUGUUGGAAAAUGUUUCUUUUGUCAGACAUUGUCUAGACUCAGCCAUCGCCCACUGUGUACAAUACACUAGUUUCUACAUCUAAUAGCCUCUCUGCUAGCCUCUUGACUUGUGUCUAGGCCUCGUCAUUACCCAGUGUGUCGUCAAGUGUCGAGAAUUAUUUUGUUUCCGGCAUCCAAAGUUGUCCCCAAAUGUCUCGGAGUGCACCUCGGCGGGGUAUUCUGCCAUGUCGACCACUGCUGUAGCCUAAACAUUGACUGUAUUUUUUCCAAGUAAUUUUACCUCCACCUGUGCUAUUCUGUCAGCCACCUGUGCUAUUCUUUAAGCGUGGACCAAUUUCUUGUUCAGUUCUUGUUCAGUUUAGUGUGCGAAAAGUGUCUUGGUGUCUAUCCCUUCUAGCAUGUUAGCCAGUAUUUCUACCAGCUGUAUGUUGCCAAGUCUCUUAGCCUCGACCUCUGCUUGCUCGUCAUAGAGCAUCUUCACGAGUGCCUCGGCCUCCACAUCGCCCAUUGUGUCGCAUAGUGUCUUCUUCUUUACAACUGCUAGCGUCUCAUCUUGCACGUUAGCAAGCACCUUGGUGUUUUCAUCGACCAGUGUGUCUUUAAGUUUGUCGGCCUCCACCCAAGCUACCGUUUAAGCCAGCUUGUCGACCACUGCCUUUUCUUCCACUUUGUUAGGUGUGUUGCCAAGCGUCUUGUCCUCCACCUCUUCUAUCGUGUUAAACAGCGUUUGGCCUUCACAUUGCGCACUCUGUUGCCGUGAGUCUUGUCCUCCACCGCCCAGUGUGGCCAAGUGUCUUGUCUGUUACUUUUGCUAGCGUCUCAUCCGGCCUUUGGACGGGUGCCUCAUUCAUUACAUUGUCAUGUGUGUCGCCAAAAGUCUCAGUCGUCACCUCUGCCAACCUCUAAGCCAGAGUGUUGACUGAAGAUCUGGUACGCAGAUCGCGCAAUGUGUUACCAAGUGUCUCCAACUCUACACGACGUCCCGUGCCUUGGCUUUCGUAUCGCUUACUUUGUCGCCAAGCGUUGUUCUCUACACUUCUAAUAGCCUGUCAGCAAUUGUGCGGAGCAAUGCGUAAAACUCAACGUCGCAUAGUGUGUUGCCAAUAUUCCGGACCUCCUGCUCUGCUAACAUUUAAGCUAGCAUGUUCAGGAUUUACUCGGCCUUUUCAUUGCUUAGUGUAUUGCUAACGGUCUCGACCUUCACUACUUCUAUUGCUUUAACCAGCGUUUUCAAUACCGCCUUUGCCCUGUCUUCGCCGAUUGAGUCGCCAACUGUCUUGGACUCCUCAUCUGCAGAUCUGCAGUCGUGUUAGCCGGCGUGUAAGGCAACAUGUUAAUCAGUGCCUCCACAUCUCACAAUGUGUCGCUAAGUGUAUUAGCCUCCAUCUUGGCUUGCGUGGCUUCAACCUUCUGCAUUAGUGCCUUGGCCUGCACAUCGAAAGUGUCUCUCUAAGUGUCUCGAGCUUCAGCCCAGCUACCCCGUUAGCCAGCGAAUCGACAAGUACCUCGGCCUACACAUCUUUCCGUGUGUCACCAAGUGUGUCAGAGCCAAAACCAUUAGUCUUUUAACCAGCCUGUAGACAACUGUCUUUAAAUUGCCAGUGUGUCGCAAACUAUUUCGGGAUUAACACCUGUUAGCGAGGCAGCCAGCGUAAAGACCACUAUCUCGUGCUCCACAUCAUUUAGAGUUUCAUUAACAUUUUUCGUUUCCACCCUUUAUUGCGUAGGAGCUAAUGUGUAAAACAGUGCCUCGGCCUCUACAUUGCCAUUUGUUUGACCAAGUUUCUCGUUCCCAACGUGGGCUUGUGCGACAGCCAGCAUGGUGACCAACUGUGUCGUCCUCCAGCUUUGCUAGCACGUCAGCUACAGUGUCGCCCUAACCAAGUUUGUCGCAAAGUUUCUCGGACUUUAGCCCGUCUAGCCUUUCAGCGGGUUAUCGACCAUUGUAUAGGCCUUCUCAUCGCUUAGUAUAUUGCAACGGUUUCCGCAACAACCUUUCCAAGUGUGACAGCGAGCUUGUAUUUUUCUGUCUAGUCCGCCGCAACGCCUAUUGUGUCAGCAAAUGUCUCGGCCUCUACGUCGGCUGCAGUGGCAGCCAGCGCGACGGUUAGUGCCUUGGCCUCAGCAUCGCCCAGUCUGUCGCCAAGUGUCUUGUCUUCCACAUUGUUGUGUGUUAGCCAGAUUGUCCAACAAAGCCUCGCAAUGCAUAAAGCCCAGAGUAUGGUUAAUCCUCUCUGCCUCCACUUGCAAGCUUGUCAUCGUGCAUCUCGACCACUGCUCCGGUCUACACAUCUCCCGCUGUGUUGCAAAGUUUCUCCACCUCCACCUCUGCUACUGUGUCAGCAAGAAAGUCGAUGAGUAUCUUGCCCUCCACAUCGCUUAGUAUGUCCUCAAGUGUCUCGGCCUUUACUUUUGCUACCGUGUAAGCUACCGUGUCGAGUAGUGUCUUGGCCCGCACAAGUGGUAAGGUGUCAGCCAUCGAGUCGACCACUGCCUUGCGCUCUAAAUAAAUGAACUGGCGGGCCGGCCUUCGGCUUUCCAAUGGCCCUAUGUGUCGCCAGUUGUCUGGUCUCUACAUUUAAUAGCGUCUAAGCUAGUGUGUUGACUUGUGCCUCGGCCUCUACAUUACCCAGUGUGUUGCGAAGUGUUUUGGCCUCCGCCAAAGCUAGUGUGUCAGCCUGCGUGUUAACCCUUACCUCGGUCUCCACAUCCUUCAUUGUGUCAUCAAACGUCUCGGGCUGCAACUCUACUAGCGUCUUCCAGCAUGUCAACCACCGCUUUGUUCUCCAUAUCUCCCGGUUUUUUUUGCAAGUGUAACCACCUCCAACUGUAAUACUCUGUGAGCCUAAGUGUCGACCAGUAUCUGGGCCAGUACAUCGCUUAGUGUGUCGAUAAGUGUCUCGCCAUCCAUGUCUGCUACCGUGUCAGCAAGCAUGUCGACCAGCGCCUUGGCCUCCACUUCGACCGGUGUGUCGCCAAGUGCUUUAGCCUCCACUUCUGCUAGCCCGUAAGCGAUCAUGUUGACAAGUGCCUCCUCCCUCACAUCGCCCAGUGUUUUGCCUAAUCUCUUUGUCUCAACAUCUGCUAAGGUGUCAUCCAGUGCGUCAAUCACUGCCACGGCCUUGUCAUCGACUAGUGUGUUGCCAAGUUUGUUGGCCUGCACCUCUGCUAGCGUGUAAGCUAGCGUUUUGGCUAGUGCCUCGACCUCCACUUCGUCAAGUGUUUCGCCAAGUGAUUUUCCUCCACUUCUGCUAGGGUGUUAAAACGCAUGGCGACCAGUGCCUCGGCCUCCAAAUCUUUCAGUCUGUUGCCAUAAGUCUCGUCCUGCACAUCUGCUAGUGUGUCAGCCUGCGUCUCGAUCUGUUCCUUCGCCUUUACAUCACCCACUUUUGCAAAAGACUGUACGUCUUUACUUCUACAACCGUGUCGGCAUGCGUGUCAAUCUGUGCUUUUCCCUCCACGUCCGCUUAGUGUUUUGCCAAUUUGCUUGGCCUGCAGCUUUGCUAGUGGGUCGGCCAACGUAUCCAGCAGUGUCUUGGCCAUCGUUUUUGCUAGCGUGCUGGCCAGCGAGUCCACCAGUGUUUCGUAUUCCAUUUCACAGUGUCUCGUUCACUGCCUUGAAUUGAACCUUUGCUUGCGUGGUUGCCAGCAUCGCCCAUUGUGUCACGAAAUGUCUUGGCGUCAACUGUUGCUUGCGUGUCAGUCAGCAGGUGGACUAAUGCCUUGUCCUACACAUUGGCCACAGUGUCACCCAGGGUAUCAAAAAGUCCAUCACCCUCGACAACACCUAGUAAUUCGCUGAGUGUCGUUGCCCCGACCUCUUCUUGCGUAUUGGCAAGCGUGUUGACCAAAGCUGCAGCCUCUACAUAGACCAGUAGGUAGCCAUGUGUCUUGCGCUUCACUCCUUCUGGCGUGGAUACUAGCGUGUGGACCACUGCCUCUUGUUCCACAUCGCCCUAUACGUCACCUAGUGUUUUGCGUCAGCCUCGGCAAACGUGUCAGCCAGGAGAAAGACCAGUGCCACGCCGUCCUCUUUGUCCAGUGGGUCCUCAAGUGUCUUAGCCUCCACCUCUACUAUCGUGUGAGCCAUUCUCUCUCCACUUCCGCCACGGUGUAAGCCAUCGUGUCAACCAGUGAGUAAGCCUCAACUUUUUUAAGUGUUGAUAAGUGUCUGAACAUCCACUUCUUCUAGGCUGUUAACCAGCGUGUGGUCGAGUGCCUCUGCAUCUACAUCGCCCAGUCUGUCGCGAGAAGUCUCGGCUUCUACCUUUGCAAGGUUGUCAGCGGGCGUGUUUACCCAUGCGUUGGUCUAUACAUCGCCCAGUGUAUCGCAAACACUCUAAGCCUUCACCUUUCCCAGCCUCCUGGCCAGCGUUUCAAGCAAUUGGUUUUUUUUUACUUUCGCUCGCGUGUAGGCCACCGUGUCAAACAGUGCUUUGUCCUCCACUUCGCUUAGAGUACUAAAGUCUGAAAUGAAUUUUCUAAUAUCAAAGGAUUCGUCAGGAUAUUCUAAAAGAACAAUGUCCGAACGGUCUUCUUGCCAAAAAUUAGCAUUUCCGGGCAAAUUGUCUCUGAUAUCGUAGCCCAGUAAUGUUUAGAAAACUCCAUACAAGCCCUUUUAAACUUAUUGGGGGUCGACCCAAAAAACCUUAAAAGCAGCUGUGUGGAUUUUCUGAGCAUAACAAGCUAACAUCUCCGAGACAAUUUGACCCGAAAUGCUAAUUUUUGGUAAAUAGGUUUCUUGCACAUUGUUCUUUUAGAAUAUUCUCAAAAAUGCCAUAAUUUAAGAAAUUUUACUUUUAUGACAUCACUUAAGUACUCUAAUGUGUGUCGCCAACUGUCUUAGCUUCAAGCUGCGCUCGUGUGUCAGUUACGUCAACUAGUGUUUCCCAAUAUUUCUCGUUUUCCGACAAUGCUACCGUGUCAGCCACCAUGUCAAGCAGUGCCAUAGAGUCCACAUCGCUUAGAGUGUUGCGAAGUGUCUCACUCACCACUUUUGGAAGCGUCUCAGCCAGUUUUUAGAGCAGUGCGUCCGCUCGCACAGCGCCCAGUGCGUCUGCAAAUGUUUCGGCUUUAACUCCUGCUUGCUCUUUGUCUCGGAAUCCACAAUGCCCAGUGUGUCGUUCUUUCCCUAGCUCUUCACAUCGCCGAGAGAUUCAAAAGUGUCUUGGCUUUUACCUUUGUUAUUGUGGCAGCCGGUGUAUGAACUGGUACCCUGCCCUGCACAUCCAGCAGCUAACAUCUUCGGCCUCCAUUUUUGCUAGCGUGUCAGCAGGCGUAUCGACUACUGCUUUGGCCUGCAUAUUGCCCGAUGUUUUACUGUGUCUCCUGAACCUCUGUUACCUAGAGUGUCGAUCAGCAUCUUGACCUCUUUUUCACUUAGUUUGUAGCCAAGUGUCUCGGCAACUAUAUCUGCUUUGGUGUGUCAGAACUGUCUUAGCUUCCAAAUCUGUUAGUUUGUUAGCCAGUGUGUCGACCCUGCCUUGCCCGCAAAUCGUCCAGUGUGACACCAAGUCCCUACUUCUACACAGCGCCAAGUGAUACACCUCUGCCACCGUGUCAUAAAGCGCAUCGAUCGAUGAGUCACCGAGUGUCUUGGCUAUUACCUCUGCUGGCGCGUCAGCCAGAGUUUCGACUAUAGCUGCGGCCCCUAUAUUGCCAAAUAUGUAACAAAAUGUGUCGUACUCCACUCCUGCUAGCGUAUCGGCCAGCGCGUAGACCAGUGCCUCGGCUUAAAGAUCGCUCAGUUGGCCAGAAACUGUCCAGGCUUCGUCAUCCGCAAGCCUGUAAGCCAGCAUUUCGACCAGUGUGUCGGCAAGUCUUUUGGCCUGUAUCAGGUAGCGUGUUGCGUUGGUAGUUUCACAGUGGGUCUACCAGGCGCUUGGCCUUCUUAUGGCCUAGUGUGUCAUUACGUGUCUCGGGCUCUACUUCUGCUGGCGUCUCAGCCAAGUUGUCGUGUGUCACCAACUGUCUCAGCCUUCUCCUUUAAUAGUUUGGAAGCAAGCGUGUCGAUCACAGUCUCAGCUUCCACAUCUGUUAGUGUAACACCAACUGUCUGCAAGCACAGUGUUUCAAACCAGUGGCUUGGGCUUCACGUCUUUUAAUGUGUCGCCAAGUAUCUUGCUUUUUAUUUUUGCUACAGUAGCAGCCAGCGUUUGCACUACUGACUCGGGCUUCCCCUUUGGACGCGUGUGAGCCAGCGUGUUGACCAGUGUCUCCGACUCCGCAACGCCCAUUUUGUUGUUAAGUGUCUCUGUCUCCACCUUUGCCUAGUGUGUCGCCUUGUGCCUCGUCCUUCACAUCGCCGACUGUUGUUAAGGUGUCUUUUCUUAUAAUUCUUUGAUGCGUUAGGCAGCUUCUUCACCAAUGCUUCCGCCUUUACACUGCCUAGAGUGUCGUCAUGUGUCUUGACCUUAACCUCUGCAACCGUGGAACCUAGCGCGUCCAGCAGUGCCUCGGCCUACACAUCGCGUAGAGUGUCGGAAAAGCCUUGUCUUCCACUACUGCUAGCUUGACAGGCAGCUUAUCGACCAGUGAUCUUGACAUUACUUGGUAUCUCGCCAAGAGUCUUACCUCCCCCUCUUUUAGCCAGUUACCAAUAACGUCUUCCAAACCUUUAAAUAACCUAUUAUGUUGUCUAGUGUCUUGGGCUAUUGAGCGUGUUCAACAGGGGCUUAAUAUGCACAUCGCCUAGUGUGUCACCUAGUGUGUCGGCCUCCACUUCUAACAUUCUCUCAGCGAGCGUGUGGACCAAUGACUGGGAAUCAACUUGGCUUAGUGUGCCGCCAAUUGUCCCGGCCUCUACCAGUACUAAGGUUUCAGCUGGCGUGUUCACUAGAGCCUCUGCUCUUUAGUCUUUUAGGGUCUCACCAACGGUCUCAACCUUCUCUAAUUCUAUUUCUUCAACCAGCGUUAUAAAAAAAGCUUUGCCUAUCUCUUUGCCUAGUGUGUCGCCAAAUUUCUCGGCCUCCAUCACUCCUAUCGUGUUAGCCUGCACGUCGACUGAGUGCUGAAAGAUCUGGCUAAGGAAUCAGGAAGUACCUCGGCCUCAACAUCUCCAAGUAUGUUACCAUCUGUUGUGGCCUUCACCUUAGCAGGACUAUGAGGCACGCGUUAGGCAGACCUUUCACUUCCACAUCGCUAGUGUGUCUGCAAAAGUGUCGGUCUCCACCACUGCUAACGUGUGACCUAAUGGGUUGACGAGUGGUUUUGUCUUUAGAUAGCUCAGUGUGUCACAAACUGUCUCAACUUCCACACCUAAUAGCCUUUAAGCCAACAUGUGACCAGUGCCUCGGUCUCCACAUCUUGGCUAGCGUGUCACCUAAACCGAAACCUCUUCUUGCGUGACAGGCAGCGUGCUAACUUGUGCAUCGGCCUCCACAUCGCUUAGUAUUUCGCCAAUUGUCUCGGACACCACUACAGCUACUGCGUUUGCCAGCGAGUCGAUUAGUGGCUCGGCCUCUACAUCACUAAGUGUGUCAGCAAGUGUUUCGGCGCCACACCUAUUAGUGUUUAAACCAGCAUGUCGACCAGUGCUUGGGCCUUCACAUUGCCCAAUGUGUCACAAAUUGUUUUGGCCUUCACCUAUGCUAGGAUGUCAGUUAAAUUGUCGCCCUGUGCUGUGGCCUGAACAUUACCAAAUGUGUCUCCAAGUGUUUCGGGCUCCACCCCCGCUAGCGUGCCAGCCAGCGGGUGGACUAGUCGCUUGGCCUCCAUAUUGCCCACUGUAGCCCUCAUAUCGCUUAGUCUUGCGCCAAACGUUUCGGCCUCCAUAUCUGACACCGUGUCAGUCACUGUAUUGACCAGUGCCUCGGCCUCCAGAUCACACAGUAUGUCACCAAGUGUCUCGUCUUCCAGCUCUGCGAGCGUGUUAGCCAGCGUGUACAACACUGCCUCGGCCUACAAAUUGCCCACGGUCUCCUCAAGUCUCUCGCCUUGCAAAUGUGAUCGUGUUAUCCUGCUUCCCGACCACUGCUUUGGUUUCCACAUCGCCCGGUGUGUUUUCAAGUGUCUCAACCUCCAGCUCUGCUACUGUGUCAGCAAGAGUGUCGACCAGUAUCUUUGCCUCUACCUCCGAAAAGUGUCGAAAAGUGUCUUGGCCUCCACAUCUGGCAGUGUCAGCCAGCGUGUCAACCAGUGUGUUGCAAACUGUCUGUACUGUUAGACAGUGUCUCGACUUACCCAUCGCCCAGUGUGCCGCCAAUUCACUAGUUUCUACAUCUAAUAGCCUCUCAGCUAGCGCCUUGACUUGUGCCUCGGCCACGUCAUUACCCAGUGUGUCGUCAAGUGUCGAGAAUUAUCUCGGCAUCCAAAGUUGUCACCAAAUGUCUCGGAGUGUACCUCGGCGAGGUGUUCCGGCAUGUCGACCACUGCUUCAGCCUUAACAUUGACCGGUUUUUUUCCAAGUGUUUGUACCUCCGCGUGUGCUAUGCUGUCACCCACCUGCGCUAUUCUUUAAGCGUGGACCAGUUUCCUUUUGAGUUCAUCGCUUAGUGUGUCACAAGUGUCUUGGUGUCCAUCUUUUCCAGCGUGUUAGCCAGUGUUUCUACCAGCUGUGUGUCGCCAAGUCUCUUAGCCUCCACAUCUGCUAGCGCGUCAUCGAGCAUGUUUACUAGUGCACCGGCCUUUAAAUCGCCCAUUGUGUCGCAUAGUGUCGUCUUCUCCACAACUGCUAGCGUCUCAUCCAGCACGUCAACCAGUGGCUUAAUCUUUUUAUCAACAAAUGUCUCGGAGUGCACCUAGGCGGGGUGUUCCGGCAUGUCGACCACUGCUUUAGCGUUUACAUUGACCGGUUUUUUCCAAGUAUUUGUACCUCCACCUGUGCUAUUCUGUCAGCCACCUGUGCUAUUCUUUAAGCGUGGACCAGUUUCUUGUUCAGUUCAUCGCUUAGUGUGCGAAAAGUGUCUUGGUGUCCAUCCCUUCUAGCGUGUUAGCCAGUGUUUCUACCAGCUGUGUGUUGCGAAGUCUCUUAGCCUCGGCCUCUGCUUGCGCGUCAUAGAGCAUGUUCACUAGUGCCUCGGCCUCCACAUCGCCCAUUCUGUCGCAUAGUGUCUUCUUCUUUACAACUGCUAGCGUCUCAUCUAGCACGUCAACAAUCGCCUUGGUGUUUUCAUCGACCAGUGUGUCUUUAAGUUUGUCGGCCUCCACCCAAGCUACCGUUUAAGCCAGUGUCUUGACCAGUGCCUUUGCUUCCACUUCGUUAGGUGUGCCGCCAAGUGUCUUGUCCUCCACCUGUUCUAUCGUGUUAAACAGCGUGUGAACCAGUACCUUGGCCUGCACAUUGCGCACUCUGUUGCCGUGAGUCUUGUUCUCCACCUCUGAUAGGCCGUCAGAAUGCGUGUUGACAAUUGCCUAGGCCUGUACAUUACCCAAUCAGUCGAAAAGACUCUUAGCCUUCACCUCUGAGAGUGUGUCUGCCAGCAUGUCGACCAGUGCUUCUCCCUAAAGUUAGCAGUGUGUCUCGCUAAGUGUCUUGGCCUGCAGCUCUGCUAUUGUUUCAGCCAGCGUAUCCCCCAGUGCCUUGGCCUUCGAUUCUGCUAGGUUGUUGUCAUGCGUGUGUACCAAUGUGUCAACGUUCACAUUACCCACACUGUCGCUAAGUGUAUUCGCCUCCACCUCUGUGAGCUUGUCAGCCAGUGUAUCGACC